CAAGCAGAUCAUUGUUUUACUUCUCAAAUCCCUUUCUGGACGUCAGCUUUCAAGCAUUUGGGCUCUUGGACUGGGUUCUUUCAGUCGCUCCUAUUAUCCUGGUUGUGAUCAAUUAGCGGUGCUGCUUGAGUUAAAAUAUCAUUUUGGAUGUGAAGUUUAUUUCCAAGAACCAUGCUUAACAGAAAUGGAAAAACGUUGGCUGUGUGAUCAUGCUAUUUGUUUAUCAGAAACCAAUGAUUUGUUAGAAUGUCGAGUAUCAAAUGAUGAUGUUGACAAUGGAAAGAUCGUGUUAUUCUAUGCACCUCAUUGUGGACAUGCUGUAUACAACAGUGUAAUUUAUGCUCAUAGGAAGGAACUUAAAAGGAUUAUUAUUGCAGGUAAUAACCUUCAAUCCAUGAAUUUAGCCGCCAAACAUUUAAAGAAAUAUGAAGAAUCUGUACCAGAAAAAUGUGCUGUGAGAAAAUGCAAUGUAGCAGAUUUGGAAAUGCCUGGUUGCAGUGAACUUCAUGCCCUUUCAUUAUACAGUAAAGUGUGUACAUUGUUAGAAUUUCCCAUUUUUAAAUCAAAUUUUGCUGUUUUCAACGACACAGCCUUACAUUUUCUGCCGCAAAACACACCAUUGCCAGAAAUUUCCGAAACAAGACCAAAUUAUCGAUUUUUUAGACACGAAAUUGUGAUUUGA